CAGUUCAAAGUUUCACGAAAUCAUGUAGAAAGUAUAUCAAUUUUUUAUAGACAUCAUGUGAUGUUUUGUUGCUCUUUCAAGUUCUCUGAAUUAGGAAAGUGGACAUUCUGAGCAACAAGAUUUCAGAAAGUGGACAUACAGUGGCACAUAUUAAAAUUGUUCCCUGUGCAGUGUUAACAGUGAUAUUUAUUUGUGAUUAUAUAGUGUAUAUGUAAAUGAACUUUAGAGAAAAUCAGCAACCAGCCAACAUUAUUGUUAACACUUUAAAUCAAUACCAGGGAAGAAGACGUUUAAGUUUUUAUUUUUUAUGUGUUUGUUUUAUACCAAAACAUACACUACAGUGAAUAAAAUCAGAUAAGAUAUAAAUUUUGGAUGUAGCAUUUUUCUUAAAACAUAAGACUUUACUUCAGUUCAUCAGACUUGAUUGAAUUAUUGACUGUGGACACAUACUCAUGUGAUAUUUUGAAUAAAGUAGUAAAUGCAAUAUCAUUUAUAAUGGACUAUUUGGUGCCAUAACAGAUAUCAUUGUUAAUUCAGAGUUUGAUGCUAUAAGAACAGGAAGCAAUAAAAGAAAGCUUAACAAGACUAAUAUAGUGUUCUACUUAUCCACAUGUGCAAGAGAACUCACAGAAGAACCUGUGCUUGGAUUUAAAGAAAAGAAAAGUAACUGUUACAUUGUACAUUAAAUAAGGAACAAAUAAGAAGCAAAAAUGAGUUCAGAUAUGGACAGCCCGGUGUACCAAGAUGUCACAACUGUGCCAGAAUCUAAACCUGUCGCACCUUUAACCAUCAAGGUUCUCAUUAUCGGGGACAGCGCUGUUGGGAAGACAUCGCUCAUGUUUCGUUACUGCGACAAUACUUAUAGCCCUAUAUUUAUCUCAACAAUAGGCAUAGACUUCAAAAUCAGGACAAUAGAACUUGAUGGGAAGAAAAUAAAACUACAAAUAUGGGACACAGCAGGACAGGAACGAUUCAGAACCAUCACAACAGCAUAUUACAGAGGUGCAAUGGGUAUAAUGCUGGUGUAUGAUAUUACAAAUGAGAAGUCCUUCGACAACAUCCGAAACUGGAUAAGAAAUAUUGAAGAGCAUGCAUCGAGAGACGUGGAGAAGAUGAUUUUGGGAAACAAGUGUGACAUGAACGACAAGCGACAGGUCAGCAAGGAACGAGGGGAACAGUUAGCGAUAGAGCAUGGAAUCAAGUUCAUGGAAACGAGUGCAAAAGCCAGUAUCAAUGUAGAGGAGGCAUUUUUCACGCUCGCACGCGAUAUCAAGGCAAAGAUGGACAGGAAACUGGAUGCUUCAUCACCACCAAAGGGAGGAGGGGGAAGAAAACUGACAUCCAAUCAGGAACAGAAGAAGUCAUGGUGGAAGUGUGCCAUUCUAUGAUUGGUCACUGCAAAAUCUCAUUUCUUAUCUGAUUGGACAGAUGUUUACAAUGUCAUACAAGUGUUUGCUACAUGAAUGCUGAUUGGUUGAAAUUGAAUGGUGCAGUAGGAGAUUGACCAAUAGAAUUUCAGUGCUUAUGGACAGGUCAUAUAAUCCCUACUGUCAUCCAAAUGAAAGACACAAUUUUAUUGGUCGAUCAUCUGUGAAUGAUGAAGUCAUUAUAAGUCCUGUUUUAUAACUCCCCUGUGGCAAUAUGUAGUAUAUAGUUGUUCAGUGUAUAUAUAGAUAUCGGUCUUAUUUAAAGCUGUAAUUUUAUAUAAACCUUGUUAUAGACUAAAUUGUUAAGGUUUAAUAUUCAUUGUCAAUUUCAUGCGUCCUAGCAUGUGUACAUGUAUGUAUCACUUAUAGCACGAUUUUUGGUGCAGACUAGUUAUGUCAGUGUAAUAGUUCGAGUUCCAUGCUUGUGUAAUAAGAAAGCUUUGAAAUAUGUUACAAGAAAGACUUAUUAUAAAUUGAAGGCAGUUUUUUCUUAAACAAAUUUGAUGUACAUGUUCUAAAUGGGAUAAGGUUUAUCAAGAUUUUAGAGAGGAGAUCUAAAAGUUUUAUAUUAACUAUGCAAUGAGUGUUUAAUUUAGAGUUGAACUGAGCCGUAACAAUGUUUCUUUUGUCCUCACAAUACAAAACUGAUUCAAUUUUGACUUGUGAAUAAGUCCAAAAGUCCUAGUAAUGAAUUGCUUGAUGUAUAGAAUGUGUAUUGCUGUAAACACUUUCUUUUCAAAAAUUACUGUAUGAAUAUCACUUAUUAAUGAAAUUAAUGAUAUUCAACUAAAAAAGGAUAUGCAAAUCUGAUAAAAUUCAUAUAAGAUAAACUUGAUUACACAUGUGUUUACCAUUUAAUUUACUAGUUUUCAAUUUCUGCAUUUGUUGAACAUUUCUUAUAUUUCACAUAGAUACACGUCAAUUUUUUUUAUUUCUGCACUGGGUAGACACAUAGUUGAAACCAAGCCUGCCAUUGGGGUCACUUUAUGUUACCGUUAGUGUUGGCUUAGAAACACCGUAAAAAUGGAACUUUUGCUUAUCAUAAUCAUGUGCCUUUCUCGUACAUACGUUGCUACAUUUCUAUAGAAGUUUAUUUUUAUAUUAUUGUAUUUCUGAAUGUUUGUAUCAGAUGUUAAAAAAUCCAGUCUUAAAAAAUCUGUACACAAGAAGACAAACAUGCAUUCUUUCAAUGAAGAACUCAGUUUUCACACAUUGAUUCUGAAAAUGUAAACGAAAAAUGUGAAAAUUUAAGGAAAAGAAUGAUGAAAGUAUCCUUUAUUAAAUGGGAAUCUUAAAUUAAUCAUCGUUGCUAUUUCAGCAGAUAUUCAGCAAACUUCAGUCUAAAUUAUGAAUAACAUCAGUAUGUCUGCUGUAACUGUAUGGAACAUUAUUUGUAACAAUUUGUUAUACAUGUACAUUUAUGAUUUAAAACUAUUUUAAGCAUGAUAUUUUGGUGACAAGGUGUAAUGAAGUUCUACAGUAAAAUAGAUGAAAUGAAUGACUGAGCGGAUAUAGGUCUUUUAGUUGUCAUGACGUAAGGUGAACUAUGACAUCAUCAUAGACUUUUGUGACUGAAAAUAAAUUGGUGGCACCAUGUUGUAAGGUGUUUUGAAAGUCAAGGGCCAUGAUUACGAACAGUCUCAAGUCUGACUUCAGAACUGCAAAUAUUUCUUUCAUUGUAGCUGAGUUUUUAUGAUAAAAUUUGCUGAAUUUUAUUACUAUUUAAAAUUGUACAAUUCUUCACAUUUUUUUGGUAUGUGGGACCAAUCCUACUCCCAGGUAAAACGGAAUGAAUUAAAGAGGAUUCUUUGUAAUUCAAUAAAAGUGUUUUACUAAGUGUUUGGUCUUGAGACUGUCUGUAAGCAUGUCCUUAGGGGUUAUUGAUUUCCUUUUUUACAAUUAUAAAAGAUAUUAUGAAGUCAAAACUGACCUAUCCGAGACAUGCACUAUGAGACCAAUUUCUGCUGGCCUUGCUUUUAAUAUAUAGGUACCUGUACAUUGUUUCCUUUCUGAACUCCGUUCUGUAGGACACCAAGGCGUCAUAUAAGGCCAUCCCUGUACAGAUAUUGGGUUCCAGUGGUCCAACCAGCUCACUUAAAAUGUCCACACUUAAAUUAAUAUGUUCACUCCUGGUGUAGGCUCAACAAAUAGUUGUAUUUUGAUCUCUUGUCAGUUGUAAAGUCAUUUUAUGGUCAACCAUAAAUAGGGCCACUGAAAACAAACAAUAUUUAAGGAUGGCCUGGGAUAUUUUACAUGAAAGUUUUUAACACAAAGACACAUUUCUGUAGUUUUCACUCUUGAUUGAAGUGAAUAUGUGCGAAUUUAAGAUUAAAUUGUCUUAAUUGUUGAGAUUGAGAAAAAUUGAAAUUAUUGUUUCAAAAUGAAAUUGUAAGGUUGAAAUUUGUGCAAAAUGUUAAAAUUAAUGAAAUAUGUGUACCUGAUCUUGUUUUAAACAUAAUUUAAUUUUGAAUUGGGUUUUUAUUUUAAUUUUAUGCUCGCAGUACAUUUCUAUAAACAGACUUUGCAUAUACAGUUCAAUAUAUCCAAGAAGCAAGUUCAAAAUUAUCAAAAUAAUUUUGUUCUGCUGGAUAAAAGUAAUUCUAUGAACUACAUGCAUAAUAACUGAUGUGUUCCUGUCCCAAUCACUGAGUUACAGCUUCACAUAGAUAAAAAACAAUAUCAAUUUAAAAGUUCAAAAUGUAUGUUUAUUUUAUUUUUUAUCAUUCACUUCCAUAUAUUUUGUAAACAACAAGUCAUAGAUCAUUUUGUAUAAAUGAUGUUCUGAGGAAUAGACCACAAACAAUCUGUUAUUAUUAUGUUCAUUACUGUAACGUGUAUGAAAAUGGGUGUAGAGACCUUUUUGGCCUCAAAACUUAGAAAAUGAAAGAACUAUGAUCUUACUUUUGUCACUUGAGGGAUACAAACAUUUUAUGAAAACGAGGGGUGUCCAAUUUAUGGUACUAUUUAUUAUGGUUAUACAAGCCGAAUAUAGUAAACAUAAUGAUAAUUCAAUGUUUUACAAACUUAUAUGAAUGUUGACAAGCAGAGAUAGAUUCUAUAGGGAAAUAAGGCUUAAGCCGGAAAUAUGACGUUAAUAGUUUUAUGUGACUGGAAAUGGAAUGAUAACACAUGCAGUGUGAUGUUGGGUUUAAGGUCAAUGGUAAUUUCAAGGUUUGUUAAUAAGGUAUUUGAUUUGACGCAAACACUUAUUAUUAAAAAAAAUGCACUUUAAGAAUUAUUUCUGCUAGUCACUGUUUAUAUAUUUCUCAUUUAGUAAAACAAAAUACAAGAUUGAAGGUACAUGUACGUUCAAAUGAUUCAAUUUAUUUAAUGCAUGCUACCUAUAGUUGAUUUUUGCAGUAUAUGAAUGUUAUAAUUUGUUGACUUUCUAUGCUAUAGUAACUUAUGUAACAAAUACAUAAAAUAUGGAAGAUAGGGUAAUAGGGUUGGUUAAUUGAUGUAUAAAAAUUCAUAUGACAUUUAAAUGUUCACAAUUUACUUGUGUCCACUCUUUUCAUCUAAGAAGUAAAAUGGUUAGUCCAUCAGUGAAGUAAUUAUUACAGAACUUGAUCUGUUUGUAUAUUAAUGAACAACUUUCAGUUCAUUUAUAUUGGCAAUCAAAAUAAACUAACAUACGAGGACAUAUUUCAUCACUUUUCAUCACAUUAAUAAGAAUUGCAUUGUCAUCAUGGUCAAGAUUUCCCGCUUUCUUUCAAGCAAGCAUUGCGCAAAAAGUCUUCAACUUCCUAAUAGAAAUAGAACUUCCUUAUAUUUAAAGUCGCUGAUUAUAUUUACAGUCGGGGAAUGAAUUUCAACUAGAGAAAUGUCAGAUCAAACAGAAAAUGUUAUGCAAAAUAGAGCAGGUCAUUGCUGCAUGCAUACAAAUGGCUUUCCCCUAAACUCAUUGUGAAUAGGACUGACUCGUUUACGUCGAAAAUCUAGUGGCUCAACAAAUUGUUGUAUUGUGUAAUCUACUAAAUUUGAAAGAAAUUAAGAUUGUGAUGAAAUCAUUUAGAAGAUGAUUAAGCUGUUAAACAAUAGUAGUUCACACAAACAGCAUUUACCUGGCUUAAAGAAGCAAGACUAAAAAACUGACGACUUGCAAGACCUAUAAGUCCUCGUAUGUUAUUAGUUUUAGUUGAAACCUAGCACAAUUUGCUUAAUUACUUCUGUCCGCAAAUUGCUUAAUAUUAUGUUAAAAUGUGCAUAACAUCAUGUAAUUAUAUGUGUACUUACAUACAAUGUAUGUGUACUUACAUAUGUGUAAUUACAUACAGUAUAUGUGUAAUUACAUAAUGUGUACUUGCAUACAUUAUAUGUGUGUUUACAUACAUUAAAUGUGUACUUACAUACAUCAUAUGUGUACUUAUCUACAUGAUAUGUGUACUUUCAUACAUUGAUCUGCAAGAAAGGUUUAAAUGUACAUUGUUUUUCAUAACACAGUAAACAAAACCCCUGUAGCUUUUGAUAAAACUAUUACUGUGGAUUAAAAUAUAAAUCUUACAA